AUGCAAAGUAGCUUGGAGCACGAAGACUUGUUAAUAAAACUACGUGCAAAAUUAAACGAAGGUAAAAUUAAGUUAUGGGAACCUCCUUAUGUAUCUACUGAAGGAGAUACGUCUCAUAACUUUCAGGAGCUUGCAAACAGAAUAGCAUCUGAGCUAUCUUUGGAUAUGACUAUAGUUCUAGAUGGUUUGCUUGAACUACAACAACAUUCUGUUGAUCGCUCAAAAGCUAACGAAGAAUUCAAAGAAACAGGCUGUGCUACUUUGCGAGUUAAGGCUCCUGGAAGAGGUGAAAAAGGAGUAUUUAAAGUCAUGAAGAAACUGAAUGUAAUGGGUACAGAACUGAUCAAUACAAUUUGUGAGGUGUUAGGAGUUGAAAACACUAGAUUAAAAUUGAUAUUCAAUGGUAAGGUCAUUAACCCCUCUCGCAGCCUAGAGGAUCAAGGGGUUAAAAAUGGAAUUCAACUUAUGGCAUUAAUUAUGGCAGAAAAUACAGAGGCUCUUAAGAGAGAGGAUGAUAUGUAUCUUCAAAUGAAACAAACUCUGGAGGAUGCCACCCUGCUCUCAGAAUGCUACGAUGACCUUGGUGACGAGUCAUAUUUGAAUCUGGAAGACCAGACUGGAAAAACAGUCGAUCUACCUAAGUCAGAACGGAGGUCUUUAUUCAUAGGACUCGCAUUACACGAGAGGGGACGCACUUGUGUAAAGAAGCGGGAAUAUGCAUUUGCUCUUGUGUUACUUUUGGAAGCUGAUAGACAACUGAGUGAAUGUCGGGCCCAAAUCCUAAACACGGUUGACAACUAUGGAGUGCUGCAACUGGACAUAGCGUGGUGCUACCUCGGCCUGCAAAGCCUUCAAGCCGCGAACGACGCGGCCGCGAGACUCGCGAAGGCCGAAGUGGCCUUCACCAACAGCUACGGACCGGAACAGCAGAGGCUUAUCGCUCUCAAGGGCACGGACGCCAACGAACGAGUACUCUUCAUGAGGUUGUACCUCCUUCAGGGUAUCGUGGCCUAUCAUCAGAACAAUAGGACCCUGGCCAAGGAGUUACUCGAUAAGGCUGAAAGAGAACUGAAUAACCUGAGGGUAGAUGAGUCGUCAGUGCAAGCCCUGAUGGAGUUGGGCUGGAGCGAGUGCCAAGCGUACGCGGGCCUCAGAGCGGCUCAAGGAGAUGUGAACGGGGCCCAUCACUACCUCGACACGGCCACGAGGCGAAGGGAAGUGGAGAGACGGGCCAAUAGGGAUGAUAGAGAACAGCGCGCGCUAGGAUUAUGCGAAGACGGCAGCCCCGUGGAUAAACAACUCACAGAGAGCCUAGUAGGAAUGGGUUACUCCAGGAAACUGGCCGUUCUAGCUCUCAGGAACGCCAAUAAUAACGUCACGGAUGCUGUCAGGAUCAUACAGGAGCAACCCGAAUUGUUGGAGGACAGUGACCUCUCGGAAGAAGAGGAGUCAACGGAGCCGGUGGUACCGGAUAAUCAACUCCUCUCUGAGCUAUGUUCAAUGGGGUUCGAGAGUGAGACAGCAAAAUACGCUUUGAAGCUAAGUCGAAACGAUUUGGUUCGAGCCUUGGACAUCCUUCACAGCGAAGGGCCUUGUGCUGACCAGAAUGACACUAACAAUCCGUCCACCAGCACCGAAGCUAACACCAGUCGAAAGAGACAGAAAAAAGAAGAAAAGAGACGGAAGAGAAAGGCCCGGCAACUUGCAGUCCAUCGAUUAAGGCAGACCAUACGCUAUGAAGACGACGACUAUCUCAGCUCGCCGCUCUCUGAGGAGGAACAUUUCCUGAUACAAUAUAAGUCCUUGUUGUAA